AUGGAGACGUUGGAAAGGGAGACAUUAGAAACCGUUGUGCAACGUGCGAAGACAUGGAUCGAGAAAUGCACGGCGGAUCCGGAGCAUCUCGAAUGCCAGUCCCGAGCGCAGGACUUCGAGCUUCCCACUCGAUUGAUCGAUGUUGGCCCUUCCGAUGGAUCUAAAGAUCCCAAACUUGUCACCACUGCUGCACUAGAAGCAAAGACCAACGAUGACAAUUCCUCCGAGGCGAUAAACUCCCUGAUCUAUCCAUAUUUAGCAUUGAGCUAUUGUUGGGGUGAUGCGAAGAAUCUUCGUACAAUUGAGGGUAAUAUAGAACAAAUGAAGAAGAAUAUAUUUUGGCAUGAAAUACCUCCAACGAUCCAGGACGCCAUCUUGAUCACCCGUGGACUUGGAAAACAAUAUCUCUGGGUUGACGCUUUGUGCAUUGUGCAAAAGAGCCAGGGCGACGCGGGCGACUUCGAAACAGAAGCACCAAAAAUGGCCAAAGUUUACGGGGGUGCAUUUCUGACAAUCUCUGCUGCCCUCGCUUCAGACACGACAUAUCGACUAGUCAAGUCACAAUAUUCUGAUGCUGGUGGGAGAACAUCUACGGAGGGACGAAAGCUGGAGGACGAACCGAUCUAUUCUAGAGCGUGGACGUUGCAGGAACGGAUGCUUUCCCCAAGACUGCUUAUUCUCAGCAGUAAGAAACUGUUGUGGGAGUGUCAGAAGCAGAAAGUAUACCGCCAAGCUACUACCGUGGAUGACAUCUAUCUGGCGGGACACUGGAAGAAGUUCCUCUAUUGUGACCUUCUGUGGCAACAGCAAUGGCUGUUAUAUCGUCAUCGGAAUGUCCCAAAGGUACCCACGGAGAAACAACUAGAGCGGGCGCCGUCAUGGUCCUGGGCAUCUCUCGAUGAUAAUUUGGAGUUUGCAACGGAUGUGGACAAAGACUACUGCCAUUCAAUGAUCGAGGUGGAGGGCACAUAUCUUGAUACCCCUGGCGACGUAGAACAUACCGGCGAGUGGCUUCGCUUGCGAGGUAAACUAGUGGAGGCUAGACUCGAGAACUCAGCGCUCUGUCUGCAAGGAACAGUACUUAAAUACUCAUUCUUUAUGGACUUCAGAAGCGAAACAGCAAGCGAAGCUACGCCGAUCUUAGAUACAAAGAAUCUCGAUGUGAAAAGCUACCUGCCAGAUUCGGGGCUAUGGUGCCUGUUGGUUGCAGAGAUCUUAUCAUUUGCUCAUGGUCUCGUCUUGAAGAGGGAGCAGAAUAAUGAUUAUAAACGGGCGGGAUCUUUCUUCUUGCCGUAUGAUGACGAAAUUUCUGAGAUAGAAUCGUCUACCAUAUAUCUCACGUAG